GAGGAUGAGUCUGCAUCGCAUCUCAUCACGUAACAUACCAUAAGAAGUGUUGGAUCCAGACCCCGCGUUAGUGUUACACAUCUGUUUGGGUGAUUUUGCUCGGACCAAGCAGCCAGGAUGGGGAACCGCGGGAUGGAGGAUCUGAUCCCGCUGGUGAAUCGGAUGCAGGACGCGUUUGCAGCCAUCGGACAGAACGCAAACCUGGACCUGCCGCAGAUCGCAGUGGUGGGGGGGCAGAGCGCCGGGAAGAGCUCCGUGCUGGAGAACUUCGUCGGCAAGGACUUCCUUCCCCGCGGUUCUGGCAUCGUCACACGCCGUCCUCUGGUCCUGCAGCUCAUUAACUCCCCCACAGAGUAUGCAGAGUUUCUGCAUUGUAAGGGGAAGAAAUUUACAGAUUUUGACGAAGUCCGGCAGGAGAUCGAGGCCGAGACAGAUCGCGUCACUGGGCAGAAUAAAGGCAUUUCCCCUGUCCCCAUUAACCUGCGUGUUUACUCCCCUAAUGUGCUGAACCUGACUCUGGUGGAUUUGCCGGGAAUGACCAAAGUGCCGGUUGGUGACCAGCCGGCAGACAUCGAGCACCAAAUCAAGGACAUGCUAAUGCAGUUCGUCACCAAGGAGAACUGCCUGCUGCUGGCUGUGUCUCCGGCUAACUCUGACCUGGCCAACUCGGAUGCUCUGAAGAUUGCUAAAGAAGUGGAUCCACAAGGUCUGCGCACCAUCGGUGUGAUCACCAAACUGGAUCUGAUGGAUGAAGGAACCGACGCUCGAGAUAUUCUGGAAAACAAGCUGCUACCACUGCGCCGAGGCUACAUCGGUGUGGUGAACCGCAGUCAGAAAGACAUCGAUGGGAAGAAAGACAUCACUGCUGCUAUGGCUGCUGAGAGGAAGUUCUUCUUGUCGCAUCCUGCAUACAGACACCUGGCAGACCGUAUGGGAACUCCUUACCUGCAGAAAGCGCUCAACCAGCAACUAACCAAUCAUAUCCGAGACACUUUGCCUGGAUUGCGCAGUAAGCUCCAGAGCCAGCUGCUGUCCAUCGAGAAAGAGGUGGAGGAGUAUAAGAACUUCCGCCCGGAUGACCCGUCCCGCAAGACCAAGGCCUUGUUACAGAUGGUGCAGCAGUUCUCUGUGGAUUUUGAUAAGCAUAUCGAGGGCUCAGGUGAUCAGAUCGAGACCUAUGAGCUCUCAGGCGGAGCGAGAAUCAACCGCAUCUUCCAUGAACGAUUCCCUUUUGAACUGGUCAAGAUGGAGUUUGAUGAAAAGGAGCUGCGGAAGGAAAUCAGCUACGCCAUCAAGAACAUUCACGGCAUCAGAACUGGGCUCUUCACCCCGGACAUGGCGUUUGAAACCAUUGUGAAAAGGCAGAUUGCGAAGAUUAAAGAGCCUUGCCAGAAAUGCGUGGACAUGGUCAUUUCUGAGCUAGUCAAUACUGUUAGGCAGUGUACCAAGAAGUUGGCCCAAUACCCCAUGCUGCGAGAGGAAAUGGAGAGAAUUGUCACUCAGCACAUCCGUGACCGCGAGAGUCGCACCAAGGGUCAGGUAAUGCUGCUUAUUGACAUCGAGCUGGCGUACAUAAACACCAACCAUGAAGAUUUCAUCGGAUUUGCUAAUGCGCAGCAGAGAAGCAGCCAAAUGAGCAAGAAGAAGGCAGCUGGCAACCAGGAUGAGAUCAUGGUCAUUAGGAAGGGCUGGCUGACAAUCAACAACAUCGGCAUCAUGAAAGGUGGCUCUAAGGAGUACUGGUUCGUGCUGACGGCCGAAUCGCUCUCCUGGUACAAGGAUGAUGAGGAGAAAGAGAAGAAGUACAUGCUGCAGGUGGACAACUUGAAGCUGAGAGACGUGGAAAAGAGUUUUAUGUCCAGCAAGCACAUCUUCGCCUUGUUUAACACUGAGCAGAGGAACGUGUAUAAAGACUAUCGCCAGCUGGAGUUGGCUUGUGAGAGUCAGGAGGAAGUGGAUGGCUGGAAGGCCUCGUUCCUCAGAGCUGGUGUUUAUCCCGAACGUGUGGUGAGUGAUGCGAGCGAGGAGAACGGCUCAGACAGCUUCAUGCACUCCAUGGACCCCCAGCUGGAGAGGCAGGUGGAGACCAUCCGCAACCUGGUGGACUCCUACAUGAGCAUCGUCAACAAGACCGUCCGUGAUCUCAUGCCCAAGACCAUCAUGCACCUCAUGAUCAUAAACACGAAGGAGUUCAUUAAUGCGGAGCUGUUGGCUCAUCUUUACUCCUGCGGUGAUCAGAACACAUUGAUGGAGGAGUCGGCCGAGCAGGCUCAGCAUCGGGACGAGAUGCUGCGUAUGUACCACGCUCUCAGAGAAGCCCUCAGCAUCAUCGGAGACAUCAGCACCACCACGGUGUCCACAGCUCUGCCUCCACCUGUCGACGACUCAUGGUUACAGGUGCAGCGCAUCGGCUCUGGGGGAAGGUCUCCAGCUACCAGUCCCACCCCUCAGAGACGAGCUCCUCCAGGACCACCAGGCCGCCCUCUUUCUCGUGGCUCCGCCCCAGGCCCUCCUGCUGCUGGUGGGCCUCCUUUGCCGUCUCGCCCCGGAGUGUCUCCGGAUCCGUUUGGAGGCCCGCCCCCUCAGGUGCCCUCACGGCCUAACCGGGCCCCGCCCAGUGUGCCCAGUCGACGACCCCCGGCUUCACCCACCCGACCCAUGUGAUCCACAGACUCCUCCUUCUAGACUAUUAGCUCCUCCCGCCAGACAUAAGGGCGCAGACAUCCAGGGCACCCAGAUUUCCUUCAUCCUUUUCUCCUUCUGAUUCCACCAGGGCAUUGAACACACACACAUACAUGCUACACAUACAUUACACAGAGAACCUCUGCCCAUUUUAUGAUGUUUUCUUUCUUAUCAUUCUUUCCUCUCUAUAUAAGCAUUUUAUUUCUUCCUCAUCAAGAUUUUCUAACGAUCCCUGACUUCUGUUGUGAUUUCUUUUCUUUCUGCUGAAUGAAAGUCUUUUUUAAAGCAGAUGCAUUAUCACUCCUAGACGAAGACUGGAGUAACUGCAUCUAUUUGUGGAGUGCGCUUUUAUUCGCAUUUGUUUCUGUUACGUUAUUCGUCUUCGUUUGUUUUUUGUCUUUCUGUUUCUGGAGCAGCGCUCCUUGAAGUCACAGGCGGGAAGAUGACUCCCUACUAACCUGAAGGGUAAUAAACUUUACACUGGUUCUGAUUUCAUGAUCAGAUUUUUAUGUGCCAACAUUUUGCUCUAAAUGGUUGCACUCGAUUGACAAGUUCAUUACAAUCCGAGGCUCUUGCCUUCCAGCCUUGAUGACUUUGGGGACGCCGUUUUACUUACUUCUGCUUUAAUGUUAAUUUCAAUAUUCACUCUUCUCUCUCUUUUUUUCCCUCUUUGUGUUGCUCAGCCGGCCGACCAGGGGCAGCCCUUCACGCCCCGAGAGCCCCCUUCCUUCAUCUGACUCCUAACUACCCCAUCCUCUUUUUUUUCUUUUUCUUUUUCUUGAUUUUCAUUUGUUUUGUACUUUUUUUCUUAUCUUUCUCUGUCUUCUUUUUAUUUUCCCUUAAGUUCCAAUUUCCGUUUCUUUUCAUAAUUUUUUUCUCAAUUUAACUUCUUUUUUUGCUACUGCUCUUUCUUUUUUAAGUUACACUCUGUCUCUUUUUUACUUUCCUUUUUACUUGUUUUUUUUUUUUUGCCUUGCCCUUCUCAUGUUUUUCUGCACGUUUUCUCCUACUUUUAUUCACUGUUCUUCUUUUUGACCUUUUGGUACACUAUUUCCCUCCUCUUCUCUCUUUUUUUCUCUAUGAUUUGCUCUCUUUACUUUAUCCUAGUUCAAAUGCCAGCUACUAUCUUUGUGUCCUUUGCUUUACUUUUUACUUAAUCUUCUCCUCUUCCAUCGCUACCAUGUCAUCCUUACUUUUUCUCCUACUUUCAUU